AUGAAGGUGACACCUUGCACCGAUCCGGGGCCCAACUUCAAGGGUCAGACUUUGGUUCUUCCGGGUGCAGGAGGCAUUGCGAAUCUUGGGGAGCUUUCUGCAGAUGCGCUUAUCGCAACUUAUGGGCUCCAGAGGGUGGCUAUUGUAGAGAACAAGCACCUUUUGCCGGUGGCAAUGGUCAAUGCCUUUAGCGCCGAGUCUCCGGCAGUCACCACUGCAGCAGAGAUCUACCAGGCCCCCUGUGGAUCUUCGUCGCUCACCGUGCUGCAACUGCGCUCGGGUGCGGUGGAAGGACGGCGCUGGGCCUUCGCCAAGGAGCUGUUGCGAUGGGCCAAAGACGUAGGAGUUGCAACCGUCUUGGUGCUAGCAUCCUGCUCCGCCCAUGUGAAGGGCGAUGCCGACCUCUCUGAAGCAUCACCCUUACGGGGACUGGCAGCUGGGGGCCGUCUCCCAGAGCUCUUGCCUUUGGGGCACGGCCUGAGUGACGCAGAGUUGGCUGAUGGCCCUGGCACCGCCAGUGCAGCACGACACCUGCUGCGUGGCAGCGGUCUGGCCCGGCCGCUCUUGGAGGUGGCAGCUGAACCUGGAUCCCCCAGCUUUGCGCCCCCUUCCCGGGUGGCACCCAGCGUUUGCUGCAUUUGCAGCUUCACCAAUGAGACCUUGGACUGGCGGCUCCCUAUGCAAUUGGUGGAUGCGGCUGCUGACUACCUGUCGCUGCCGAAAAACCCCUUGGUGCGGCCACCAUCAUGGCUUCUGGCACAGCAGGCACUUCUGCAUGGAGAGCCCGGCUUGCUGAAGCAGGCGCAGGCAGGCUUACCUUUGCCAGAUCCCAUUGCGGUGGAAUGGCACGAAUUCAUCAGGCAGGAUUGCAAAUUCUCCCUGGAACACCUCCAAUCUGGAGCAUUGUGGGUCGAAAGCUUUUCCUGCUCUCUUGGCUUACGACCCCUCACGCAGGAUGACACGACAUCACCUUUGCCGCUUCGCCACUUCGAUGACUCUGCCUUUGAAGUGUUUCUGGUGGAGAGGCUUUCCUCACAUGUACGUGUGUUGGGCCGUUGGACCUCAAGCUUCAAGGAUGACUCAGCGCAUGGCUUCUUUGUUAGAGUCGACCUUGGGCCCAAGGAGGCGGAAGCCGCCGGAGUGCCAACAUAUCCUCUCAGCCAGAUCUGUGAGGUGAAGCGGACUUCAAAUGGAUCCGAACUGACAAGGCGAUUCCUGUGCGAUGAAUCCUUGGAGCACACACGGCACGUGGACAUCAACGACCCUGGAGUGAAAAGCUUGAGGCUUCAUGCCUUCAUGCUGGAAAUGGAGGCUCGCGCUUGGGCAUCUUGCCAUGGCUUUCCUCUGGUGGAAAUUUGGCGCGGCCUCCGAGAGGACUAUUCUUGGGCUUUGAAAGGUGCCGAGAAUUCUGUGGCGGCAUAUCGCUUCGGAUCUGGACAUGCUGGCCCAGCGAUGCGAGAGGUCUGGCCUCUCUAUGAUACAGGUCGUGCUCAAAGCCUGUCUGAGGGCCUUGCUGACACGCUCCGGUCAGUGCUGCAAGCAGCAGGUGCGGAGCGAGCCCUGCUGCAAGGAGCCGUGAUGGCGACCAUGGAGGAGAUCGUGGCGCAGAUCCAGACGUUGCGGCAGGAGCUGCAGGAGAGCCGAAGGAGAGAAGAGGACCUGAAUACCAGACUCCAGGCAGUGCAAGCUUCAGGAGCGGUUCAGGCAACUUUGGAGGAGAUGGUGAACACGCAGAAGGCCAUCUUGGAAGCAUCUAAGAAGUCUGACAGGAAAUUGACUUUGGUAGACAACCGCGGGUUGGCAAAACCAAACAACUAUGAUGGAAGUGCGGAUUUCUUGCAAUGGAAGAUCCGACUUGAAGCGUUUGUGGAGUCAGUCCAUGACGACUUUGGGAAAGCUAUGGCUUGGGCGGAAGAUGAGACCGACCCAAUCAGCACCUCUUCAAUGUCAGCCGAGUUUGGAGACGUCAAUCCUGCACAGGAGACAAUUCCAGACUUGGAAGCCAAGGAUGCGCAGCUUUACGCAGUCCUUCAGACGCUCUGCGAGAAGGAAGCGUUCACGCUGGUUAGAAGCUCAGGGAAAGGAAAGGGCUUAGAGGCUUGGAGGAGACUUUGCAAGAGGUAUGACCCGUCGACAGGAGGACGCCGACGAGCGUUGCUCCGUAGCGUGCUCAGUCCUAACCGUUGUGGCAAGGUGGAAGAGUUGAGCGCAGCGGUCGAAAUCUGGGAAGACCAGGUUAGACAAUACGAGAAUCGACGCAAAACUGAUGGCACCAGGCCAACGUUGGAUGAAGACAUAAAGAUAUCGAUCUUAGAGUCGAUUUGUCCGGUUGAGGUUGAAAGGCAUCUUCAACUUAAUCAGGCACGAUUUGCCGAUUACCAGGAGGUACGCAAAGAAUUGUCGACCUACUUGGAAACGAGGAUCGGGCUGAAACUCAAGGCAGGUUCAUACGUUGACACCGGAGGAGUCCAGCCGAUGGACAUUGGAGCCUUCGGUAACGACAAAGCCAAGAAGGUUUGUCACAACUGCGGAAAGCCAGGUCACUUCAAGUCCGACUGCUGGGCACCAGGUGGAGGAAAAGCUUCUUCGCAGGGAAAGUCUGGUAAGCAAGGAAAAGGGCAGAAAGGCGGUCAGCAGUCCAACUCAGGUGGAAAGAAAGGAUCUCCAAAGGGAUCGAAAGGAGGAAGCAAAGGAGGUGGAAAGACCACCAAAGGCAAAGACAAAGGCAAAGGAAAGAACAACAAAGGUAAAGGAAAAGCUAUGGGCAAUGUUGAGGCUGAGAAGGAACCAGAAGCUGAGGAGCAGGCCGGGUCUUGGGAUGCCAGUGGAUGGGAAGGUCAUGAUGAAUCCGGUUGGAACAACUGGACUGAAGGCGGUCAGGGCUCAAGCCUGGAGGGUAAUUACCUUUCUCUAGGCGCGUUGCACCGUCCCGCCAUGGUGACCAAGCGGCAUAGCGAUUCCGAGAGCCGCUCGGGACUUGCUGACAGCUUGGUUGCAGCACUAAGGAACCUCCCACGUGGCACAGAUGCCGGGUUGCGAGACUCUGGAACUGGUUCUUCCGGAGAUCGCUCGGUCGACAUGAUGAUGAGGUUGAUCGACGAGAACUACAGGCUGCGUGACCAACUGAGGGCCCAAGGUGACCAAGAGCAGAGAAGCUCAGAACGUGACAGGAGCCGUCGAAGACGUUCCUCACCCCAAAGGGAACCAGAGCCCGAAGAAAGAUCCCGUGAUAGGUCAAGGCGCAAGCGGCAUGACUCAAGGCCGAAGCGCGAUCGUGAUGAUGACCGACAUGGGAGACGCAGGGCCAGAAGUGAAAGCAGCGGCAGGAACAGGGAGUUGGUUGACAGAACGGCCACUCCGAAGAAUGCCGCAAGGCGCAAGAGCGAGACUCCAGCGGCCAGUGACAGAACAGUCAGCCGAACCCCAAGGGGUAGCGUUGGCGACUACUUGAAGAGUAAGGCCGAAGCCAGAAGGGCUGGUGAGGCAAGAUCUCCGGCCGCUUCGGUUGGAGACUUGCCGCCCGGCAUGAGGACACCCAGAAGUCCUCCCGGGCCACCUCCGCACAAGCGGAAGAAGCUCGAGAUCAAGCCAGAGAAGAAGAACGAGGUCGAGCCGGAGGAGCGCACCGACGCCAAGAACACGAAGCCUAAAAGUGAAGGGGCGCCAGCUAUCAAGGCGAAGCCAAAGCCCAAGACGAACUCAGGGCUCACCAGCGGUUCACUCUCGGUGCUUCGUGGCACGCUUGCCACGCAGCUGAUGCUGGAUGCCGAGAAGACCAAUGACCCCGAGUUGAAGAGGGAACUUGAGCGCCAGAAGAACGAGCUGCAGCAGCGUGCACCAAGAAGGUCAGUGGCGAUCACGGCGGACAACCUCAAUGACCAGUCAUUCCAUGAUUCCAGGUACUAUGCGGAUGUCGCAUCUGGCAAGGCGCACCACAUCGCUUGGAAGAACGAGAAAGGCCGCCGUAGAGCCAUCUUAGACCGUAAAGAUGGUGUCAUUGACCGCGCCAGGGAGCGUAUGCGCCUGGAUGCGGAAUGGCAUGAAGAGCACGCUCAGCUGAACUCAGGUUCCAAGAAGCAAGAUGUGGAAGGUCUUAAGGCCGAUGUGGAGACCGAGAUCAUCGACGAGAGGGAGCGCGACAAGGAUAAGCCCCUGGAACCUCAGAAGGAAGCUGUGGCUUUGAGCCGCCGGGAGAAGGAAUCCUUCCGGCAGUUUCCCGAGGACGAGCAAGAGACCUUGGAGAAGCCCACAAAGAGGAAGGAACAAGGGCCGAGAAUCAGAGGGCCCGACUACUACCGUCGGAAGAAUGCCGCCCGACGUGAAAGACAGAAGGCCGAGAAGGCCGAGCAACGAGCAAAGGAGAAGGAAGGUCGAGACCGUGACCGACGACACGGAUGGGAUCCGGAAGAAGAUGAAGACGAUGGUGGUGGUGACACUGAGAGUAACAGCAACUACCUCAGUUCGCUCUUGGCUCCUCUGGGUGGAUCGCCUGGAGAGCCACACGUGGUGGAAGAGCGCGAUGGAUGGAGGAAGAUUGAAGUGAAUCUGGACACGGGAGCCGCCGCGACGGCGAUCCAGACAGACUUGAACCUGGAUGGACAUGCCAGGACCCCACCGCAGGACGUCAACUACAAGACGGCGUCAGCAGAGUGCCUUGCUGACGAAGGUGGUGUAGUGCUCAAGGGCACAGAUGUCUACGGAAGUGCCAAGGUGUUGGAAGGGCGUGUGACAGGAGUCCACCGCACUUUGGCGUCAGGCGCAAAGGUUGCGCGACAUCACUAUAUGGCGCUGGGAGCACAUGGAGGUCAACUCAUUCCCAGGAACUCCCAGGCUGGAAAGGAAUAUGCAGCCUUCAUGGAGAAGCUGCACAAGAAGCACAAUUGCAUGACACCUGUCAAGGUCCGCAAUGGGAUCUACUUGAUGGACUUUUGGAUCGCACCGGGAGACCUUGGUGGCGAUGAGGCCGCAGAAGACGGCCACCAGUCUUCAGAAGAGAUUGGAGAAGAACAGAGGCAGGUGAUCGUGAAGCGGUCCCCGGCAGAUCCUACCGACCGAGAAAUACAGGAGCACCGUGCUGCUGGGCACGUUGUUCACCGAAGCUGGUGUCUUCACUGCCAAAGGGCUCGGGUAACGGGCCAACGCCACAGAAGCGGUGACCCAGCUCGGGAUGAGGAUGGUAGGAUGCCGUAUGUUUCACUAGAUUACUUUUACUUGAAUUCAGGGCAGGAAAAGAGUGACGCUGAUGGCAUUUUGCCUUGCUUGGUUGUGAAGUGUCACAAAACUGGGCGCUAUUGGGCAAAUGUAGUUCCAUCAAAGGGUGCAGAAUUGUUCGCAGUUGAAUGGUUGAAGUCUUGCCUCAAUGAAACAGGUUUCAAAGAACUAUGCCUGAAGAGCGACAACGAGCCGGCGAUCAUGGCUUUGAAGAAUAAAGUGAAGGAGGAAAGCAGGUUAAAGAUUCAUCUUGCUGAGGCGCCGGUGGAGGAUCACCAGGCGAACGGCUUCAUUGAGGUCGCAGUAAGAGAAGUGAAAAGACAGGUCAGGGCGAUGCUGUCUGACUUUCAGGAAAGGCUUGGGUUCGAGGUGGAACCGAGUCACCCAUGUAUGAUGUGGAUGCCACGCCAUGCAGCCUACCUCCUCACCAGGUUCCGGAUUGGACCGGAUGGAAAGACACCGUAUGAACGGACCUUCGGAAGAAGCUGGAGGAUACCGUUGGUAAGUUUUGGGGAGCAUAUCUUGUUCAGGCCAAGACCCCCAAGAGACGGACGACGUCAUGACCUCGCACCAAGAGUGUCCAUGGGAAUGUUCGUGGGCACAGGACUGCGCAAUAACGACAUCUUCGUCAUGACGGCAAGAGGAAUUGUCAAAGGAAAUACAAUCACUCGAAGACCUCCUGAGGACCAGUUCAAGUACGAGAAUUGGAGUGAACUCCGGGGUGUUCCUUGGAGACUCCAAUCGCGUGAGGCUGGCGAGGUUCGAGUUGACUUGCCAGUGGUUGUCGGGCCGUUGAGCCGACCACCAGCUGAAGAAGUGAUUCCACGGAAUCUUUAUGUGACGAAGAGCGACAUCGAGAAGUACGGUCGGACCCCGUUGUGUCCGGGAUGUGAGGCGCAGUUGCUUGAGACAGGGCGCAGGGCCCACAAUGCCGAGUGCAGGUUCAGAAUCGAAGGCGAGCUCAUGAAGUCCGAAGAAGGGAAGAAAAGGAUUGAAGCAGCAAAGGCAAGAAUAGAAUCAGGGCGUCGCCCCAAAGCUCCUAGAGUCGGAGGAGGGGCAGACGAAUCAGAGGUUGUGGAAGCUGCCAACGUUCCUGCGUUGGUAGGCAUUCCAGAGCCUGAUGCCGAAAUGGCCUCGGGAGAAGCUGUUGGAGAACCAUUGGAACGAGUCGCACCCCGCGAGCUUGAGGAACGAGAAGAAGAGCCAAGAAGCCCAAAGAAGCACAAGUCCGGCGCCAGUCGGACAAAGAGAAGCCCAGAAGCAGAUGUUGAGGAGUUGCAUCAACAGAUGCAAGAAGAAGCUCCAGCAGGAGGAGCAGCUGAGUCGGGACCAAUUCCGGCUGCCGGGAGCAAUGACCCCCGGCCACACAUGCCGCCAGUCGCACCUCCAGAUGCUUCACCAGGAGGAGACGACAUGGUAGACAUCGGACAUCUGUCCAUGUGUCUAUGUUCAGUUUUGAGGGAAGCCCGGAAGAAAGGCAAUGUGCAGAAGACUGUUUCAGAAAUCUUCUCACCCCCAAGAGUUUCAGCGCAAGCUCAAUUGGUUGGUUUGCGACCUGGAUUCGCAAUCGAUCUUGAAACAAAGAGAGAGGAUGGAGAUCAUUGGGAUCUCAGCAAGGAUUCACACAUUGAAGACCUUUUUACGCUUUUGGACAAGGAGAAACCCAAACUUUUAGGUGGUUCACCGCCAUGUGGACCAUUCUCGCAACUUCAGAACCUUGUUGACGCCAGGAACCAAGUCCCCGCGUCAGUUAGGUCAAGGAGACUUCAAGAAGGUAAGAAGCACCUGAGAACCUCAGUGCGUGCUUACCGCGCACAGAUGGACGCAGGUCGUUACUUUCUUCACGAGCACCCAAAGGGCGCACGAAGUUGGGAAGAGCCGGAAGUUGAAGAACUACGCAAAGACCCCCGCGUAUACGAAGUCACAGGACCUAUGUGUCGUUGGAAGAUGGAAUCCUCCGAUGCAUGGGGCAGAGGCCUAGUCAAGAAGGAAACCAGGUGGUUGACCAAUUCGCGACACAUCGCGGCGAUACUAUCUGGUGUUUGUUCGAAUGUUGAAGGAAAGACUUGGCAUAGACAUGUGAACCUCAUCAACGGCAGGGCGAGAUCAGCACAGGUAUAUCCCCCACUGUUGGUUCGAGGAAUACUGGAAGCUCUUAGAAAUCAACUGGCUGAAGACGGUGAAUUCAGUCAAGCUUUGAAUUCCCUCGGUGCUGGGCCAGUACCAGAUGCUGUUCCAGUCAUCGACGAGGAACAAGAAGUUUACGACAGUUUCCCUCCCGCCGAUUUGCCAGUCGCAGGACCAGUCUAUGAUUCCAACACCGGAGCGGAGUUGGAUCUAGCUAAGGUAGCAGCUGCGAGACGCGAAGAACUGGAUUGGGUGCAGAAGCAAUGCAUCUAUAAGAAGGUGCCUGCAGAACAGGCACGUGCUGCUGGGAAAGUUCCCAUCACAAUGAAAUGGGUCGAUCGCAACAAGGGCGACCUGGACAGACCAAACUACAGGUCUCGGAUCGUCUGUCGCGAGAUCAAACGAUCCAAGAAUGCGGACUACAUCCCAGAGCAUGCAAGCUUUAGUGCAAUGCCGCCACUUGAGGCUCUGAAGAUGUUACUGUCACUCAUGGUAACUCUCCGAACCUCAAAGCGCAAUCGAAAACCUCUUAAGCUACGCCUACUGGAUAUCUCCAGGGCGCAUUUCUACGGACAUGCGCAACGAGAGAUCUUUGUGACUCUUCCAGAAGGUGAUCAAGAAGAAGGUAUGGUGGGACUGCUGCUGAAAAGCAUGUAUGGGACGCGCGAUGCCGCCCAUAUCUGGCAGCAAUCCUAUACAGAUGUGCUGCUUGCAGCAGGGUUCAAAAGAUCCGCUGCAUGGCCAGCAAUCUUCUUUCACGAACGCUUGGAAGCAAGGCUGCUAGUCCAUGGAGAUGACUUCGUCAUUUUGGGCGAUGACGCAGCGCAGGAGUUUGUGGAGAAGGCACUAAGAGAAAAGUACGAUCUUCGUGUCGAUGGAAGCAUUGGCGUAGGAGAGGCAAAGCAGGAGUUUUGUGUCUUGAACCGUCUCGUACGUUUCGACGAGCGGUCAGGAUCAAUCUUCUACGAGCCAGAUCCACGUCACGCCGAGAUCUUGCUCAAGGAUUUAGGCAUGGAGACGUGCAAGCCAGUCAAGAGCCCAAACGAAAAGCUAACUGCAGAAGCGCUAGCCAAAAGGUUAGAACUGGAUGUGGUUGAUCCACACAGGAUCAGUCAAUAUCGUUCGCUCACUAUGCGAGCAGCGUUCUUAGCCCAAGACCGUCCUGAUUUGUCAGAGACAGUCAAGUGCCUCGCACGAAAGAUGCAAGGACCCACCGAAGCUGAUUUCGGUGACCUGAAGCGUCUAGCUAGGUAUUUGAAGGGCAACAUGCGAAUGGUGCAGAAGUUCACUCCGCAGAAGUUCAGCAAUGUUGUGUCAGUUCAUGCCGACUCGGACUUCGCAGGCUGUCUUCUCACUCGGAAGAGUACUACAGGUUUGGUCUGCUACUAUGGGCGACACACUUUGCGCCACUCGAGUAACCUACAGUCCACAGUCAGUCUUUCAUCAGGAGAAAGCGAAUACUAUGCCUUGGUCAAGGCAGUGGCUUCCGGAAUGGCAACCCAGGAGCUACUUAGAAGCUGGGGCAUUAACGUGAAUCUCCAGGUGUACACUGACUCAGCUGCAGCACUUGGAACGUGCAAUCGGCUUGGACUUGGGAAAUCGAGACGCAUACAGACCAGAUACCUCUGGAUUCAGGAGAAGUUGGCCGAGCGAUCGUUCGAGCUGAUCAAGAUCGACACCAAGCUGAAUACCGCCGACAUCUGUACCAAAGCAUUGGCAAGCGAAGCUGCAGAACGCCAUCUGAAGGCAAUGGGUUUCGAAGUAGUUCAAGGACGUUCAUCAAUAGCAAAGGCUGUUGUGUAG